AUCUUGAAAGGUUAAGGAACUAAAACUAAUAGAGGCUGCGUGGGUCCUAUCCAGAUACAGGAACUAACUCCACAACACAAUCUCAUUCGAUCAUCAAUCCUCACUCGUGGAUUUCAAUCUCGUUCAGUUCCUCCCAUUUUCAUACACAAAUAAUUUUCUUUAUAUUUCUGCAUUGCUUUGAGUGGAUUUUGCAUAAUCAUAUUAUCAAUUUUUCAUUCAUUUGUAAGUGGGCAUGUGAUUGUGAACUUAUUGAGCUACAUUAAUUAACCAAUGUGAAAGACUCUUGUGCAUGUUGUGAUAUUCAUCAUUUUAUCUCAGUUUGUCUCAUUAAAAAUGGAAAUAAUAUGCUAAGUUGCUAAAUGCUUUAUGUCAUCUCAGUGUAUGUUAGUUUAGUCCAACUGUGCAAGUUUUCAUUUCGACCAGUGGUUCGUGUUUGAUUUUGAUUCUUCAUGUUAUCUUUGUAGUGGGAUAUGAGUGCAGAAGUACUCUUGUGAAGGUUGGAAAAAAGAAAUCUCAAUUUGAUGUAUGGUAUGCCAAGAUGGUAGCCUACUGUUGAUUAUAGAUUUUAUUUGAAUUUGAUAUUGUUGUUCAAUGAUUUUCAAAAAAGAAAAAAGCAAACAGAGGAUGGUGAAACUGGUUUGAAUUUAAGGUGUUUGAUAAAUAGAGCGCAUCUUUUUUUGUUUAACAGUGCUAAAUUUUCACACUCAAGAUUGAAUGGAAUACAUCGAUGCAAAAUGUUAUCCGGUACUCUAGUCUCAGAAUGAAAAUGUCCCUUUGAUGAAUGAUUUGUUGUACCUUUGUUUUGCAUUAAAUUCAGAUUCUUUCUCUAGAGAUAUUGUAAGGGCUCUUGGAUUCUUUUUUUUUUUUUUUAUGUGGUUAUUCUUUUGCUAGCAGAACCAGGGGUGUAAGAAGAAGUUGAGGUGAUGGAACCCCAGGAUGAAGAAGAGAUCCAUAACUGUUUGAUCAAGCUGAGAAGUAAUCCGGAAAGGCGAAGGGAUAAGGUUUACAUUGGUUGUGGAGCUGGGUUUGGUGGUGACAAGCCCUUGGCUGCUCUUAAGUUGCUUCAAAGAGUUCAAGAACUAAAUUAUCUGGUUCUUGAAUGCUUGGCCGAGCGAACUCUUGCUGAUCGUUAUCAAAUCAUGAUGUCUGGUGGUGAUGGUUAUGAUUCUCAGAUUUCUAACUGGAUGCAUAUGCUGCUGCCUCUGGCUUUGGAAAGAGGAACUUGCAUAAUUACCAAUAUGGGUGCAAUGGAUCCUCUGGGUGCUCAACAGAAGGUCUUAGAAAUAGCUAACAGCCUGGGUCUCAAUGUUUCUGUUGCUGUGGCUCACGAGGUGUCUGUCACUAAUAUAAUAGGUUCAGGAUUUUCACCAGCAAAAUCAUAUAUCAUGGAGGGUGGUAUCAGCACCUACUUGGGAGCUGCUCCUAUUGUUCAUUGCCUUGAAAAGUACCAACCAAAUGUAAUAAUUACAUCGAGAAUUGCUGAUGCUGCUUUAUUCUUAGCACCUAUGGUUUAUGAGCUAGGAUGGAACUGGGAUGAAUUAGAACAUCUAGCUCAAGGAUCUUUGGCUGGCCAUCUUCUAGAAUGUGGUUGCCAACUCACAGGGGGAUAUUUCAUGCAUCCAGGAGACAAGUACCGAGAUAUGUCCUUCCAGCAACUACUGGAUUUAUCACUGCCUUAUGCUGAAAUCUGUUUUGAUGGCCAAGUAUGUGUAUCAAAGUCUGAAGGAAGUGGGGGAGUUUUAAAUUUUAAUACAUGUGCUGAACAAUUACUAUAUGAGGUUGGAGACCCUGGGGCUUACGUAACCCCUGAUGUGGAUGUUUCUUUCCUUCCAUUAUCAAGCUCUAGAGUUUGCUGUCAUGGAGCAAAACCAUCUACUAUUUCAGUUCCUGAUAAGCUUUUGCAGUUGGUUCCACAGGAUUGUGGAUGGAAAGGAUGGGGAGAGAUAUCUUAUGGAGGUUAUGAAUGUGUUAAACGUGCUAAAGCAGCAGAAUAUCUGGUUAGAUCAUGGAUGGAAGAAAUAUUUCCUGGUCUUAAUCACCGUAUACUUUCUUAUAUAAUUGGGUUUGAUAGCCUUAAAGCUACCAGCGGGAAUGGAAAUGAGUCAUCACAGACAACUAGUGAAGAUAAUAGGCUACGCAUGGAUGGGCUUUUUGAACAGAAAGAACAAGCCAUCCAAUUUACCAGAGAAUUUAUAGCAUUGUAUACAAAUGGACCAGCUGGUGGUGGUGGUAUCAGUACUGGAUAUAAGAAAGAGACUCUUCUAGAGAAACACUUGGUAAAGCGGGAAGAUGUUUUCUGGCGAACUGGGAUAAAGAGGAGCACAAGAAGUCAGUCAAAUAAAGUAGUUGAUCCUGACCACAAUCUGAGGCACAUAUUGACAUUGCCACCGAAGCUACAAGCUGAAACAGACAAAUCCUUGGAAUCUGUUUCUCUUGGUAGUAGUUGCUCACCUGCUCCAUCUGGCCAGAAGAUUCCACUUUACAGUGUAGCACACAGCAGAGCUGGAGAUAAAGGAAAUGACAUUAAUUUUUCCCUCAUCCCACAUUUUCCUCCUGAUUAUGAGAGGUUGAAACUAAUUAUUACAUCUCAAUGGGUAAAAUCAGUGGUCUCCAAUCUUCUGGAUUUGUCCCUUUCUCCUGAUUUAGAUGCAAAAAUUCCAAGAGAUAAACGGGUCAAUGAAAAUGUUAAGGUGGAGAUAUAUGAAGUCAAGGGAAUCCAGUCAUUAAACAUUGUUGUUAGGAACAUACUGGAUGGUGGUGUCAACUGUUCUCGACGAAUUGAUCGGCAUGGAAAGACCAUUUCAGAUCUCAUUCUGUGUCAGCAAGUUGUGUUGCCUCCUUGAUUGUGUGAUUUACUAAUAAGGUGGCAAUGUUCUCCUGAAUGGAAUGAAUAGAGCAUUGCAAAACUUAGAAUGAUAGAAUUUAUUGAAGCUUGGAAGUGCUUUAAUUGAAGUAGGACUCAUAUGGGGAGGGAGGAUUCCAUUUUGUGCUCUUUAGCCUACAUAUUCUUAUGAUAAUAAUUAGCAAAAGCUGUGCUGUAGCCACAUCAUCCUUUUUAAAGAUUAUGGUGGGAAGCAUUUUGAUCUUUAGAUUAUGUUGUUUCUUUUUCUUUGUAAUCUACUACAUAACUAGCUUCUAUUUUAUUUUUUAAACUUUGUUCUGUAGUUUGAGAACUAAGUUUUUUGGCUUAGUAGAAAUUUGAGAAGUUAGAGAAAGAUGGAGAAAAGACAUUAAGAUGUACCAAGAAGAGCACCAACACAAGUGAGAUUAACUCAUACACUAUACUUAAAUUAGUAAGAUUAACACAAACUAUACUUGGGAUA